AUGGAUGAAAUACAAGAGUGUCAGUUUUCUGAUAUUCCUAUAUUUUCGGAAUCCAUCAAUAUCAAUUCGGAUAUUUAUAAUACAAUUUUAAAAGCAGACAACGGAGUUUCAAAAAAAGGCUCAGUUUUAAGUGAAGUGCCAAAUGAUGAACAUACCGAAAAUUCCCAAUAUUUCUACAACAUUGAAAAAAGGGAAAAUGAUGAAGAAAGUAAAAUUAUUGAAAAUGCGGAACUAGACAAUGACGAAGAAGAAAUAAAUUUUGAACAACUACAAACAGAAUAUCAAAGUAAUUACAAAAUAUUAGAUGACGAAAAAUAUAAUGCCAAAAUAAAAAAAGAAUUGUAUGUAAGUGAAAAAGUUAAUCAAGAUAGUAAACCCAGUUAUCAGGCUAAUUGUCAUUAUGAAAAAAUGAGGACAGAAAAAGAAAUAUACAAUAAUAAUAAUACAAAAUGGUCAAUGUUAAAAAAUAAUUCAUCAAGAGAUUUUAAAAACGACUUCACGAAUAUAUUCCAAGACACAUUAAUUAAAAAUAUGCUAGUAGACAUACAUAAAAAUACAGUGGAGCAUAAAAAAACCAAUUUCUUAUGUUUAGAAGAAAUUUUAAAAAAAAUAACAUUAAUUUUGAAGAGACAAAACGAAAUAAAUAACUUUUGUAUUUCGAAUAAAUCGGACAAACAACUGUUACUUCAAAAUAUGCGCGAAAUAAAAAAAAAAAUUUCAGAUAAAGGAUAUAAUUCGCUAGCUAACAAAGAUUUGGGUAUAUAUUAUAUAAAGAAUAUUAAGGAAAGUGAAUCCAAAAAUAAACACCUAGAAUUAGAUUAUAAAAAUGAUAAAUAUAUAAACCAGAAUAAUAAAAAAAUGAAAGAAAAAAAUAAUGAUAUUUAUUUAUUUUUAAUAUAUUUAAAUCAGCUAGAAAAGAGUUCAUGGAAAUUUAUUAAUUUUUGUAGAAAUGGUUCUUUUCAAAAAUCUAGUGAUCCAAACAACAUUGGGAAUUUACAAGAGAAAAAUAUACGUUCAUUUCUUUGUGAUCCAAAGUCAAUGAAGCUAAUUAGAGGUCUCGAAAAAAUUGUAACAAAAAUAAAAAGAAAUUGUUCAGAACAAGGAUAUGUCAAAUGUGUAUAUAAUAUUAAAAUGUGA